AUGGAACAAAAUUUUAUGUGGUAUGAUAACGAAACCUGUAGUAGUAUUACUACUAGCAGCUUGCAAUGCCGGCAUUCUUCGUUCAUGGACAACAAGUGUGCAAGGUGCACGCAAUCCAUCGCCGAUUGCGGCAAUCCCGUGACUAUACCCUUUGGCUACAUCCACCCUCAUUUAUCCCAUACAUUGGAAGAGAUUGACCGCCUUCGAGACGAAAAUUUACAAUGUCUAUUAGAGCGCAAGAAGCUACACCUCGUUCUUGACUUGGAUCACACGUUGGUCCAUGCAACAAAAAUCAUGCAACCCAUGUUGGGACGAGAAAGUACCGAAUCCAUGAAUGACUUUCACGAGAUUCUAGAUAGUAGAUAUAUGAUAAAGAUAAGGCCGGGUGUGCAUGAAUUUCUCGAACAAGUUAGUUCUAUGUUCGAUUUGUCAAUCUACACUAGAAGCGUCCGUGAGUAUGCACACAAGGUGGUCGAAGUUCUCAAUUCUGGGGACGGAUUGUCCAAGUUUUCAUGGGUGAUCACUAGGGAAGAUUGUUUGAAACAUAAGCGAAAAGGAUUGGAUGUCGUGCUAUCGCAUGAACGGGUGGUGUUGAUAGUAGAUGAUAAAGAAAGGGUUUGGGAAGAAUCGGGUCGAGAAAAUCUUAUAAAAAUUCGUCCAUAUUUUUACAUUCAAGAAGAAGAGGACAUGGAUGAUGAGCUUGAUAGGGUUUUAGAUGUUUUAAAGGAAGUUCAUAAUGGAUUUUAUGAUGAUAAUAUUGAGUUUGGUAAGUUGGAUUAUGGUAAAAGAGACGCAAGGGAAGUGCUGAAAAGGGUUUUGUUGAGCUCUAAAGGGUACUUGAAUUGGCUGAGGAAGAUCAAAAUAUUGAUGAAUAUUCUUCGAUAUAAUUGGAAUUUGAGGGCUUUGGGACUUGGGUUAUAUAAUUGGAUUUUUCUCUAUUUUUUCUUCAAUAAAACUAAAGUGAAAAAAGAUGAUCAAACAUCAUUAAGUAAAGAUUUAUGUUUAGUGUAA